AUUGCUGACUUAGCAACAUGUGUUGUUAAUUCUUAUUUUUCUAAUUCGUACGCUCCCAUUGCGGCUUCUCUUGAAAGAUGCUCAAGCCUUUCCCGGCUCCUGUGACAGCUCUCCCAGUUACAUGUGUCACUUGAUGAAUGCUGGGCAGUGCAGCCACAGUGCUGCUGGAAGUGACAACUGCGGUGUAUGGAGGCGAUGCUGUCUGAAGCACAGUCUUGGGGCAGUCCCAUGUGAUGCUGAGAAUGGCUCACAGGCACCUUCAAAACUUUUAUUUCUUAACCUUCAAAUGGACAAAGGACAGCAUUUGCCUUUUCUGCUCGUUGGAGGGGCAGGAAUAAAUACACACAAAACCUUGUCCACCACCAUGUCAGCUACUUGCUCCAACCCUGCCUAGUCUGUAACUGCAUCGCUCCUACAGCUGAGCUUGCAGCUCGGCUGCAUGCAACGGGUAUUCCGCCACAGCUGGCAGGGCCAGGUAGCACCAACAGGUAGGACCUGUUUUAAGUUUUAUGCUGGAGAGACCUGAGGAAACUUGUUGAAUGAAAUGAUUCCUCAAAGACACUUAAUGCAGCACUUUGAGGGAAAAGCGUUGAGGGGCCAAAGAGGAUUUUCGGUUCUCUUGGGCAAUUGUUCUAUCCCCGUGCCCUCACGUGAGCGUGUGGUCACACUGUGCUGAUAGCCAGUUGGGGUGAAAGCUCGGAAAUGCAGGAUUUCUGCUGUGACUGCUGAGCAAUCCAACUGCCCUGACAGCUGCCGUCUUCUACAUGACAGUAGAUCACUAAGGUAAGCGCGUUGCUUGGUGAAAGGCAGCUGUCACUUUUCCACUUGGCCAGUGUGAUACACACUGUUGUGUGCCUCCAAGCCUUUCAAAAGCUCAACCCUUCUCAGCUCUCCUCCCGCUGUUAGCUCACUUGCUUCUCACCGGCAUCAAAACAAAAACAGGCUGAGAGCUAGCUGUGGAUGUCCCUGUUCACUGCAAGGGGGUUGGACUAGACUGCCUUUAAUGAUCCCUUCCAAUUCUUAAGGACUCUGUAGUUGUACUGUGGUUUUGCUGGGGGUGCCUUGAUUUACCAGUGGGUUUGUGUUUGGACGACCAUCUUCAGGCAGAAGCGUGCUCGGAGCCUGCAGUUUAAAUAAUGGGAAUUGCUGUCUGCUUCCAGAAGGUGUUGGCCUUGACUGCUGACAUGGCAGGUGGACUCCUGUUCCUCAUCAGAUUCGCACACACCUUGCUGGGCUGGUGCUGAGCGUGCUCAGCCGGUGUUUGUUGCUCCUGUGGUGGCCAAGAGCACAACUAUGGAGGAAGAAAAAGCAAGAAACUUAAAGCUUUCUGACUCUGAGGGAGCUAAGAUAGAGAGCAACUAGUCCCAGUUUUCAACUGAUACGUGUUCAGGUCCUGCCACCUCUUGCUUUUGAGUGCUUGCUGGAAACCAGUGUUUUAUUCUAGCAAAGGGACAGCUCCAUGUUUUAAAUUCUUUUUAGUUUGAUCCAGAACUCUGAUUCGCGGUAGAUGAGCCUGGAUUUCACUCCUUCGUAGCGCUCCUUUCCUUUCGGGCUCACACCGGAGUACAUGGGACUGCUAGCAGCUGCAUCGCUUUGUACUCUGUUCCCCCUGCACUAAGUGGGAAGGAGGAACGAUGAUGACAUUGCCCCGUGUAACGGCAGUUGGGAGACAAGGCUCCUGCCCGUGAGUGCUCGUGCUGACGCAGUCACACUGCGGCUCUCCUGCCGGAGCCACCGCUGCUCGCCCAGCGCGCACCCCCUGCGUUCCCAUUUCCACGCGAGCCCUUCACACCCGCCGUUCGCCCCUCGGGUGCGACACUCGGCGCGACGAGGGGCCCCCACCCGGCCCUUGCUGCGCCCCGGGGGCGGCCCGAAAUGGCGGCGUGGGCGGGCCAAGAUGGCGGCGGGCGCGCGGUACUUCUGCACGGCGGGCCGCGGGCUGGAGCCGUUCCUGGCGCGGGAGGUUCGCGGGCGGCUCGGCGCCACCGAGGUGGACUAUGUCUUAGGAAAGGUUUUCUUCACCACCGCCGCGGGGCCGGGCGAGCUGAAGGGGCUCAAGUCGGGGGAGCGGCUGUUCCUGCUGCUGAAGAAGCGCGUCCCGCUUUCGGUGUCUAGCAAUAAAGGGAAAAUGCUGCAUGAGAUUAAAAGCCUCCUCACCGAGGAACCCGAGUCCUGCCUGGAUGUUAUCGCUACUUGGAGAAAGCUUCGUAGUCAUGAGGGGAAGAAGGAUGAGGUCUCUCAAGAAAACCCAUCACCUCGCAAGCGAAAACCAGAAGAAGAGAUUAAUAUUGCAUCUAAAAGACAGAAAACAGAACAAGUACGAGAGAUUGUGUCUGAAGAAUGUCAAGGAGAAGCUGGAAAGAACUGUGUGGCAUUGGAGAAGAGUGAUCAGGACUGCCAGACUGAAAGCAAGGCUUCUUUAGAAGGCCCCCCCGAAAGCAGCGUAGAGAAACCUAUUGAGAACGAGAAGCAAAGCUUCAGUUUCAGAGUUUCUUGUCGUUGCAGUGGAGCGAUUGCCAAGAUACUCACUUCACAGGAGAUCGGGAGAGCAGUUGGCAUAGCACUGAGGAAGCAGUUUGGAUGGCGGGCUGAUCUGCGGGCCCCUGACCUGGAGAUCUUUCUACAUCUUAAUGACAUUCACUCAGUUGUGGGGAUUCCUCUUUUCAGGCUUCCACUGGCAAACAGAGAGUAUAUCAAAACAGCAGGCCUGCGGUCAACUGUUGCCUGGGCCAUGGCAUCUCUGGCUGAAAUAAGCGUGGGUGCCUUUGUGCUGGAUCCCAUGUGCGGGCUAGGAACCAUCCUGCUGGAAGCUGCCAAAGAGUGGCCUGAAGCCUGUUACUGGGGUACGGAUACAAGUGAUUCACAAUUAGAGGGUGCCAGUGUGAAUAUUAAGACUGCAGGCUUGAAUGAUAAGAUUGAGUUGUUUAAAGCUUCUGUGAAAGCGCUGCCGUUGGCUUCAGAAAGCUUUGAUGCUGUGAUUUCGGAUAUUCCAUUUGGGAAGAAGUUCAAGAUCACAAAAGACAUACAGCUCCUACCAGAUAUUCUCCAGGAGAUGGAGAGAGUACUUCGUGUUGGAGGGAUUAUUGUGUUGUUGCUGAAUCAAGAUCUCCGUAAGCGCAUGGACGGCAUUGCCAAGAAUGUUGAAAAUGAAUCUCUUAAUGCCAUUUCUGAUGGUGCGGGUGAAACGACCGCUGUGAAAGCCUUGAAUAAUGAUGGGAAUUCAUCCUCCUUGGGGACUGGUGUUGAAGAACCUGUUCUGAGCUGUGGACAGAUGUGUUUUGGGUCGCUGGUGCCAGAUGGCAUCUAUGAAGUUAGUCUUGGAAAGACAGAUGCUUUCAUAUACAAAUACAGGAAGAUCUCUACUGCUGGGAAUUAGUAGCUUUUGUGCAUUGUGCCAAAGCUGAACUUGAAUCCUGAUAGACUUGAAGGCAGCAUGGCAGUGAACUGGUGUAACCCUGCUAGUCCAAACUCUGAGCCGUUUGCUAGCUCACCUCAGUUUACUUGAGUGUACUAGGCUGUUGCUUUUCUCACUUUGGCUUUUAGGUGGAAGGUACCUAUUCAUGUUUCACAUGUUUUUAGUAUAAACUGCCGUAACAAGAGAGACUCCUCAAAUCCUUCUGUAGACAAAUCGUCUCACCUCAGGGUGAGUUCUUCAUGAGAGAAAGACUUCAUGUGCUGUGCCACAAAAACAUGGUAAUAUUUCAUGUAAGUGGGCUUUCACCUCCAUUAAUAUUUUCAGGAAGUACUUAAGAAAUCUCCAGCUAUUCUUGAGGACUGGAUGGAGAGCCUUACUACGUGCCUUGCCGUCUUGUAUUAUUUUAAAGCUAUCUUAUGAUGAAUUUAAAUUGUCACUAUUCAGAUAUCAUGCUGUGGAAAAUAAAUUAUUUUUAUUAUUAA